AUGGUAGAAAUUUAUAGUUCUAUCAAAACUCUCCUUACAUUUGCUGGAUUUUUCGUCAUUUUAUACUAUGGAACCGGAUUUCUUAGACGCUUUGUUGAAAGAAAAUUUAAAAUCCAUUUUGGAUCGAUAGGUUUUUUAUCAAUUGCCAACCUAUCUUAUAGUGGGAAGAUUUCUGGUCCACACCAAACUCAACAUUCUUUUAACCUUUCUGUAAAUAAAAUUCAUUUACAAAUUAGAAAACCGAAUGCAAGUCGUAAAACUUGGUUUACUUUUACUAUUGACGGUGCUUAUUUUAACUUUUCUUCUAUAAAAAUAUUUUUACAAACUAAUCAAAGAAAAAGAGUUCAUGCAAGGCAACAUAGUUUAAUCACUGCCGUACCUCAAAAAGCUUGGUGGUCAUCCGUUUGGGUUGUUAAAUAUGUUAUGGGGAAAAUUUCUUCAAUUCCAUUACAAUUUUUCUUGUCAGUAAUUGCAAAUUAUGUUGAUAUAGAUAUUACAAAUGUCAAGCUAUUAAUUGAAGAUUUAGGACAAUUCCAAAUUGAUGGGUGUACUUUGGGAAUGGAUUUACUUGCUGACAUAGAUAAUCGAAAUCAUCAUCACGUAUUUUCUAAAAAAUUCCUAAAUAUCUCCUUCUCAUUUUCAUCAUUAUCAAUUCGAGAUAUUGAAUCUGUUAAUAAAUCAAAUAGUAGUAGUAGUUUAAUCCAAAACCUUCCGAAUAUAUCUCCUGCUAUCUCUUUACUUCAUACAACCAAAAUUACUUUAUCUCUUCAUCUUUCUCCCGCCUGUACUUCACUUAUAUCCAUUGAAAUUGACGUUCACUUAAAUCGAAUAAAUAUUGGUAUAGAUUCCAUACUUCGUUUGGUUAAAAUUAUUCAAUCAAAAAUUCCAAACAAAGUAAAAAGGGGACCAGUUGAAUCCUUAAAUACCCCAUCUUCUUCACAACCAUCAAAUAGAUCACGAAGUUUUAUGAUGGCUAAUUUAUUGGAUUCUUCAUUAGCUAGAAAAAUGAGAAUGUCUCGUAGAAAGAAGACUCCAGUUGAAUUCUUUGGAAGUGCCAAUUUUAAGGUUGAUCUAAUUGAUAUCAAAUAUGAAUUUUCAGGAUUGGACAAUAGCAAAUCUCAUAAACUUCCUUUAACUGCCCAAUUGUCAUUAAAUGGAUUCUCUAUUUCACUCAAACAAGAUGACAUUCAUUCAAUUUAUAAUCAACGGAGAUCAAUACUUUUUAUUGAAGAAAUUCCUAAACCUAUAAAAUUGAGGAUGAACUUUUCUAUAGAUGAUAUUUAUGGUGAUCUUGUAGAUAAUAAUCAUAACGUUUCUCGAAUGAUUCAAGUGGAUAAGAUUGCGAGUAUAAUGUUAUUAUCUAAACCUCUAGUUACAGUUGCUGAUUAUGAUCCAAAUUCUUUAUCAUUAGACGGGACAUUUGAGGUUAAUUCUCCCGAAAUAUCCGUGAAAUUUGAACACCUUGAUCUUAUUAUAUACGUGAUCGAUUCAUUAAAACAUCUUGAUCUUGGAGGAAAGCAGUCAUCAACUCAACAAUCACCCAAGCUUAAAGAAUCAUGUCAGAUCAUGAAUGGUAUACCAAAAUUAGUCGCUAUUUGUUCUAUAAUUAAUCCACUUGUUAAAAUUACAAGAAUUCCAUAUUCUACGAGAAUCGAUGGAUUUUCACAAAUUUCCUUUGGCUUUCAGGAUAUAUCGUUUGAAGUCAAUGGUGACUAUACGGAAUUGAACGAUUUACCAGAAGUUCAACAUCAACGUGUAUUGUCAAGAAGGUAUACUAGAAGUUGGACUCAACCUAGUUUCUCAUUAGUUUAUAAUUUAGUUGCAAGUUUAAAGACUCAUAAUAUGAAAUUAUAUACUUUUGAAUAUGAUUUAUUUCGAAAUAAUUCUUUAGAAUUUAAUUUGGCGACUUCUGCAUUGGGAACUAUGAUUUCAUCCAAUGAUAAUGAAGAUUCUACUUCUUUCACUACAUCUUUAGAAACCGAAACAAUUCAAGUGGACGUCAGUUGGAUAGUUGAUAGGCUUGAGGUUAACUUAUGUGAUAAAUCGACAUUUGAUUUGUUAAAACAACUCAUCGAUGUCUCCAAAAAACUUCAAAAGGACAAACCUAAAAAACGUGAGAUUUCUGAACCGAUGAUAAUUGAUGAGACACCAGAAAAAAGCGAAAAAUCUUUAUUAAUGUAUCUAGAAGUACUUCAUUGUUAUGUCUCUUUUACCGCAAUAUGUGUGAAAAUUGCCGGGGUAGACUCAUUUGUCAAUUCAUCAACAUCAAGGGGAAUAGAUUUUAGGUUACAGGAUAUCCUAUUUGAUUAUAAGGGGGCAAGAGCAACGAUUGAUCCUACUGCACGUUAUAAAGGGUUUGGCAUGUCUACAGAAGAUAGUGAUGUAGUUCAACAUGAUACUGGAGGCAUCCUUCGAGGAUUUGUUAGAGGAAUAAAGUUGAUACCGAUUUUAGCCAUUUGGGAUAAAGACUUAUUUAAAAAUACAACUCCAUUAUUGAACAUACCAGAUAUAGAACUUCAGAGUACCUUAUCAUUUAAAUACUUACAAAAUGAUUAUGAAUUAGUUAUCAACCACACAGUAAAAGUUCAAGAAGUUCAUGUUAAAUAUUCAUUACUCUAUCAUUAUUCUUGCUUAGUUGGUGCUAUAAAUAUCGUUCGAUUAUUACCAACGUCCUCUGAUCAUGAGAAGAAUAUGAAGAAAUCCGUACCUAAACCUUCCGAUUCACAUAGUGAUACAUCGGCAAAAUUUGAUUUGAAUAUUACGGUGAAUAAAAUUAAUAUGUCGAUUGACCUUCCGGAAAAUACUAAGGUUUUUGCGCGAGUGGAUGGGAUUGAUUAUAAAUUCGUUCCUCCUUCUGAUCACGGAGUGAGGAUUAAAAAAUUACGUGUUUUUGGCACAAGUCUAGUGGAGGAAGGGCUAUGGGAUGAAAUAGGUAGAGUCGAGAAUACAAAAAUUCUUCUUUUGGACGAUGAUACAAAAAAUGAAAAGAAAUUUGACAAGAUGAUACGUAUUCAAUCCGAUUUGAUCCAUGUCCGUAUACCUCAUCAAUUCGUCCUCGCUGAUGUUAUUGAAAAUAUCGCUAAUACUGCCAAAGCUGUGAAACAUUUAACUGAACGUAUCUUUACUAGUGAGGAAUCAUGUUUAUUAUUGGGACCAGAGGAAGAGGAGGCAAAGAUUUUACCCACAAUACAACUUAAAGUUGGAUUAGUAACCUUCUGUAUAGAAGAUGAUCCAUUCGAAGCAAAAUUAUCUUUAAUAUGGAAAAUUGGUUGUCUAGAACAAAAGGCUAGGUUAGGGAGAGAUGCUGCUUUUGAGGCAAAAGCCGAAGCAAUUAGAGAAGCUGCUGCAUAUUCCAAAAACAAUGGAGGCCAAUCACAAAAAGAAAAUAGCGGGUCGCUACUCGGACAUGAAGAAAAAACGCGAGUUGGUAAUUUUCGUCAUCAACCAUCUCCUCGCGCGAAUUUAAGCAUUGAUGCGGCGUGUGAAGCAUUGAAAGAAUAUAAUUCAAAAAGCUGGAUUAAAUGUGUUAAGGCCGCCGACCCAUCACGUGCAAUAUCAAUGGAUAAGGUUUCUCAAGAGGAAUCCCUACCAAUUCGAACGACCGAACCUUCAAAGUUUCCAGCUUUGUUUAGUGCCACUAUAUUAAAAUUUUUAUUGACACUUUCAACGCCUUCCUUUCCAAUGGAAAAUUUGCCACAAUAUAUGAACGAGAUAGGAAAGGGCUUACCAUUGGAUACAAAAUUUGCACUUUUGGUUCCAAUGCAUCUGAGUGCCAAACUAAAAGAAGCGUGGGUUGAAAUACGUGAUUAUCCACUUCCAUUAGCUCAUAUUCCUUCUACAGAUAAUUAUCAUGGAAAAAUUUUGUAUUCUUUCUUUCUUGAAGGAAAUUUGGUGGUUGGGGAAGAACUAAAAGGUAUGGAAGCGAUAAGAGAAGCUUCUGUCGUUAUUAUGACAUCGCAAGGUGAUGAUAGUGCAUAUACAAUCAAAGUUCCAAGAACCGUCUCGCCUGUGAAAAUAUAUUCGGAUCUCCAUGUAAAGAUUAAUUCUUCACAACCAACGGUUUUUUCAUGGGGUAUUUCCAUGCAGCCGGCAGUUCAGCAUUUUGCAAAGGUAUUCGAAAGUUUUACUAAACCUAAUCCUGACCCUUCAGAAGCAAUCGGUUUUUGGGAUAAAAUGAGAAUCAUGAUGCAUGUUAAAAUAUCAAUGGAGUUCAAAGGCACCGGAGACGUGCAAUUUUACGCAAAAGGUUCUCGUGAUCCAUAUUUAGUCACUGGACAUGGGGUUGGUUUCGUCUUAUGUUGGAGCAAAAAUGUUGAAAUUCGAUUAGGACAUGCUAAUGAUCAAAAUGAAGUUCUUCAAGUCGAUAGUGAAGAAUUCACGUGUGCUAUUCCUAAUUUAGCUUCUGUCGUCUCUGAUGGUAGCUUAUCUGCAAAUAAUACAGGAUUGAAAGCCAAACUUCAAAACGAGAGUAUAAAAGAUUCAGAGACUAGUACAAUUCGAACUCUGAAUUCAUCAAAUACGGUAGAAUCUGAAGCGUUGUUUAAUAACUAUUUGAAGCGUGUAAUGAAACUUUGUGGUGGUGUGAGAUACGGUAUGGGAGUUCAUUUUCAAAGACUCUGCAAUAACUCUUGUCCGGUCUGUAAAGGACAACGCAAUUGUCGAUUAACAGAUUUUAUACCUCAUUAUGAAAUUAUAACAAGAAUACCUGAAUAUGCAACUGCCGUUUCAUGUCCCAUAAAUUUGAAAAAUUCUGAUGAUUAUUGUCAUGAUAAAAAAGAUUUACAAAAUUCUAUACAAUUAAGUCCGAAAUCUCUUCAACAUGUACUAUCAUGGGCAUUUCUUUUUGAACCAGCAAUGACUAUUCCUAUUCGACAAGGAGCUCUAUUUCCUUCUCUUGAACCUCCCUCUCCAAAACUUGGAAAAUACCUUGGAACUAUAAAAAUUAAAAUAUGUGUAGGGCCUUUGUUCCUUAAUUAUUUUUACAGAGAAGAUGCUUUUGAAGAUCCAUUAGACGGAAGAACACACAUUGUAGGAAUUAAGGGCAAGAUUGAAAAUUUCAAAUUUGAUAUGCAUCUUCGCAGCGAAGAGAGAAUUAUUGAGGUGGAAGAACAGGAAGUUAAAGCUAGAGAUAUAAUCCUACAUGAAGCUGAGGUGGAUUUGAAUAAUUUGGAUCUCAGAGGAAUUGCUGUCCGAUAUAUUGAAGAAAAUAUUUUUUCGAACUUUUCAGAUGAACAUGAAAAGGAUGAAAGAGAAAUUUUGUUGGGUAAAGAUGAAGAUUUUAUGUCAUUACUCGUUGAAGAUGAAGAGUGGGUUGAUGAUGAUGAUUACAUUGAAUUGGAUUGGAUGUUACCAGAUGUCAAACCUGGUGUCAGGGUAUUACCUUUAAUGAGAAGUCCGCAAAUGAUGUAUUUUAAAAGUCCGAAUGAAAAUGAUACAUUUGAAGAUAAGAAAACGGACCAAGGGACUCAUGUAUGUGUGAUGGGGCAGGGUCGAGAUACUGUUCAAGUUCAAAUUGAUUUCCUUACCGAAAGAUUAAAUCGAUUAAGUCAGGAGAUAAGUCAGCAAACUAAGAUAUUAAGCAACAUUGAAGAGAGGAUUACUGCAGAUUCCAAAAAUCCAAACCUACAUCUACAAAAUAUGUCACAAUCUAUACAAAACACCACUGCCAUGUUAUCACAAAAAAGAAAUGUCAUUCAAGAAUAUUUAAAUGAUUUAGAAAAACAACUUAAUAAACCAGAUCUAAAAUAUGUAGAUGUGAAAAGUGAUGAACAGGUCGAUAAUGAGAAAAAGCCUAGUUUUAGUUCUCCUUUAUGGGCCGAUACUCAUGGUCAUUUUGGUCAUCGAUUUAUUAUCCACAAUGCUGAGGGUUUAUGGAAUAAUUCAUUACGUAACUUGAUGUAUAAAUUUUGGAAUCUUGUGGAACAACAUCAAGGGUUAACAUAUUAUAUGUCAAUGAGUGCGGUCAAGUUUAUAAGAGACUUGCAAAAGAAGAUACAGCAACAGAAAGAAAAGGAAGCCUACGAAAAUUCUCUAAGAAAAGAAAGAGAUUCAAUGUCUUCCAUUGGGUUAGAUAAUUAUGAUUUUGAUGCACAUAUGGCGGCUGAAAUGUUGAGGAAGUUGGUUGGAGAGCAAAGUACAAGCUUUGUUGUACCUAAUGAAAUUCUUGUAGAUAAAGGUACAGAUGAUCAAGAAAAAUCAAAAGAUUUACAUGAUGAUAUUCCUGAAGGCUAUUCGUUACGAAAUGAUUUUAUAGUUCAAUUUAUUAAUCCUCAAAUUAAUUUACAGUGUGAAAAAAAUCCAGAUUCCAGUAUUAUAAUGUGUAUAGAAAGAGCUCAACUCAAAACAUUUUCAAUCGUAGAAGAUUGGUCUAAAGGUGAUCUUAUUAAUGAGGUUGUGAAAACAAGGAUGUUCUUUGGUUUAGACAAUGCACAACUUUUUACAAGCACCAAGGAAGAUUUCAAGAACGAUUAUUAUUCAAAGAUUUUAACAGCAAACAAUUAUGGUGCUAAGGGGCAAGAAAAUUGGCCCGUGUGGGUUCCUGUGGAGGUGUUAAUUAGUAACACAAAAAACAAUGCUUUACCAUUUGAGCAACUGGUUAAACGAACUUCUGCCACAGCACAAUAUGACAAAUUUAACAAUUUACGUAUAAAAGGAAGUGACAUCAAAAAAGAUGAUCAGAUUAAUGAAAAUAAUAAAGACAUCAAUUCAAAUAUAUUAGAAGUUGACAGUUCUAAGAAAGAAGAAUUUGAUAAAAGAAUGGAUUCCUUUCAUAUUAAUGUUCCGAAUAUUAAAAUAUCAGCAACGUCUGACCAAUAUUGCAUAUUUUUUGAUGUAGUUACAGAUUUAUUUAUGUAUCGUGAACCAGCUCAAAAAGAACGUUCUGAAAGAUUGCAGGCAGUUUUACUUGCAGCGGAUUUGGAUGAUCUUGAGGGUGCGGCCGAAAGAGUAACAUCUUUACAAGAAAAAAUUCGACAAUUAGAUGAUAUAAGGCUCCAAUAUGAAUUACAUUCAGCAGAAUUAGAUGAAGAAGGAAUAAAGGAACUUAGGGCAGUGGAGGUAGAAUUAAUAAAUUCUCAAGAAGAAUUAUAUCUUUUAAUGGAAGCUAUUACUGCUUCACAAGAGAAGAGACAUAAAGCGGACAGUAAGGUUGCAUUUAAACUUAUAGCGACAGCAGAUAAAGUAGCUUGGGUUAUGCAAGAGAAUAACAGAAAACCAAUUUGUGAGUGGAAAUUAGCAAAUGCGCAUUUUGUAUUGAUGACAAAAGAAGAGAAUAGUAGUAUAAACACUUUAGAGAUAGAUCAUCUCGUUGUAAUAAACAAACUUCCAAAACCUACAUUUAAAGAAUUAAUAUCACCAUAUAUAAUAGAUAAUCGUCCCGUGGAUUUUAGUCGUAAUAAGAUGAUUCGGGUUUAUUGGGGAGAAUUAGAACCCGUUGCCGGUAUUGCAAUGGUUGAACAUUUUGAAAUCAAUAUGUUUCCGCUCAAAUUCCAAAUGCAAUAUGAUAUUGGAAAACUUAUCAUGAUGUACAUAUUUCCGGAAAAAAGGAGUGAAUACAUUAUUAAACAAAAUUCUAUCAAGGCAAAUGAUUUUGCACAAGUUGGUAGUACUCCUAUAGAACAAAAGAGAGGAUCGAUAGGUUUUGAACAAACGGUAAAGGCAUCAAAGAAAAUAACAGAUUUAUCUAAUGAUAGUUCUAGUACCGAAACUCAAGAAACAUCUAGCGAAACGGAUGUGGUUUCGUUCACAGACGAUGGAACUUCAAUUGCGAAUAAUCCCACAUCUAUAAGUAAAAAACAAUUAUCAAAGACAACGACAGGAGAUCAUACGGAAUAUUCAUCGGAGUUGGAGUUGAUGAAGACGAGAGCUUCCCAAAACAGAACAUUUAUUUAUAUAAAGGUUCCCGGUGUUACACAUAAUUUCAGUUAUCAAGGCAUAAAAGAAAAGAAUUUGGAAGAUCUUUAUGAUUUUGUUUUCAAAAUGCCAACUCUAGAGUAUCAAAACAAAACAUGGUCGUGGUUAGACUUUUUGGAGCAAUUUAAAAAAGAUAUUAUUCGUACCAUUUUGGCACAUACUGGUUCCUUGAUUAAUCAAAAAUUCAUUACACAAAAACGUGUUCGACCAACCACAGCAGAACCCACAUUUUCAAAUGAAUCCAAAGAAAUAGCUGUUCCUUCAUUGGCAACAGUUGUGGCCGCAGCUAACGUUACUCUGAUGAUGGAAGGUGAAAAUGUUGAGAAUGAGAAAGAUGACGAAGGAUCAGACAAAACUUCAAUUCUUAGUAACGAAAGUCAAGAAAGUCAAAAGAAAACGAGAGGUAUAAAGUCAAUGAAACACGAUAAGAAGGAUUCUAUAACACAAAAUAUACCUCUUACGAAUUAUCAAAUACAUAAAGAAGCUGGUGGAACGCCACAUAUUUCUAGCGCAAAACCCAUUCCUACUUCUUCCAUAAACGAAGAUAUUGAAGGUAAAGGUAGAUUAUUACUGGGUAAAAUGUAUGAUGAAACUAGAUCAAAUCAAUCAAAUCAAACGCAUUAG